AUGACCGACCACGCACAAACGAGACAAAUGGAGCGACAGGGUGAAGACGCAGGAACGAGGGUUUCGCCUCCCCAGAGUGCCGAGAAUGGGUUAAAAAUAUGGAGUUGCGUUAUUUGCCGCCGGCGCAAGGUCAAGUGCGAUAGGAGCGAUCCUUGCGCGAACUGUGUCCGAGCCGGCAUCGACUGCCACUUCCCGGUAACCGGCCGCAUCCCCAAGCGCAGCCGCGACCCUGCAGCUUGGAGGACACCGGCUCAGAAACAAGCCGAGCUCAUUAGCCGACUGCGUCGUCUCGAGACGGUGGUAACGGAGCUCACGGCGCAGGUCGAAGAAGAGACCGGUCGGCGGGUGACGCACGUGGAACCCGAGCCGCUGGACCCGCAGCCAGGAAGCGAGUUCGACGAGGAUUUCGGGAGACUAGUGGUGGAUAAAGAUGGCGGCCUACAUGUUGGAAACCGGUUUUGGACCGUAUUCUGUGACGAGGUUGACAACAUCCUUCAAGCGGUCCACGACGUCGCCGAUUCUAGCAGCCAACCAUCCUACACCCCGACGAUCCAGGAUAGUCUCAGCGAAGGCACCUCCUCUCGUAACGAUGAGUUUAUUUUCGGCAUGCGCGAUAGUGAGGAGAACCUCGAUGCGUUAAAUCCUUUACCGUCCCAAGUGCUUUUCAUCUGGUCAAUAUUCACAGAAAACGUGGACCCGUUCAUCAAAGUUCUCCAUGUUCCAACGAUUGACAGAAUAGUACGCGAUCUCAGCGGCGGGUUUAGUUCACUAGGCACCCCUUUCGAGGCUUUGAUGUUCUCAAUUUGCUUCGCAUCGAUCAAUUCCAUGGACGAGGUUUCCGUCUCGGCAAGCUUCGGCCAGACAAAGGCCGAGCUCAUGGCACGAUACAGGCUCGGGGCAGAGAAAGCGCUUGGCCGGGGAAAGCUUUUAACUACCAAGGAUACCACGCUAUUUCAAGCGUCUGUAAUCUACGUCUCCGUCCUCCCCUACAUUGGGGACGCUGCAAGUACGGGAUCGCCGGACCACAUCCUCGAAUUAUCGCUCAUCAUCAUCCGGUGCUCCCACGCGCUCAAGACAGAGCCUACCUGGGCCAAGUGGCGAUGGCAGACCCAAGGCACAGCCCCAUGGCAUGCCCUCACAAUAUUUGUUCGGCACGCAUGUUCCCACCCUUACCCUUGGAGCACGGAGAUGGAGCAGACGUGGGAGAAGGCCAAGGAGCUUAUGGCUCUGGUUGAAGGACAGGAAACGAUCCAUUCCAAACGGCUGCUAGAGUUAGCUGCUCAGCUAGAUCGCUCCCGGGGUGCGGAGGUUGCCCACCCAGCGGCACCGCCACCGAUGGGCCCCGCGCCAGGGGCCAUACGCGAGUGGACCUCGAUAUGCAAGACGGAGUCCUUUCCCAGCCCUUAUCUCUAG